AUGGCUGCUACACCGAGAGAACUACCGCUUUCUCCUCCCCAAUCAUCUGGUGGUGAGCUCACUCCAGAGAGAGCGUCGGAUCCGAAUGGCGUCUGCGUUCCAGCCUUCCUUCCCAGCGGCAUGGAACACAUCAAGAUGCACGACGAAUUUGGUACCGAUCCGUCAUCAAUGAUCUAUGCUUCUCCUCCCACUUACUUCUACCAAACUACCGGCUUCCCAACUCCCAUGUCUGCCUCAACCCCUAUGCACAUGGGCAACAAUAUUGUCCACACACCUCCCCUUAUGGCUGAUGAGUCUAUCUCCAUAAUGGGAUCUCCCCCAACUUACUCUCCUUUGGGCCGUCGUGCAUCUCCCCCCAAGGCAAAGCUCGGUCGAUCUCCUCGUGAACGACAUAAUCGCUCUCGGCGAGGAACUAAUUCCGCAAGUAAAGUCCUCCAGCUCAGCGCACCACUGAGCGAACUGACUGCGCAUAUGAUUAAUAUCCCGCUCCGGGAUAUGGAUGCCUGGGUCCACAGAUCAACGGAGGAGCGCUUGAAGGAAAAGGCUCAGAAGGGCAAGGUUGCUCGUCCCAUGAACUCCUUCAUGCUUUACCGAUCUGCCUACGCUGAGCGAAGCAAACGGUUCUUGAGCCAGAACAACCACCAAGUUGUUUCCACUGCCGCUGGUAUGAGUUGGAAGAUGGAGCCGGCUCAUAUCAGGAAUAAGUACGAGGAGCUGGCACGAAUCGAGCGCGAUGCUCACUCUCGCGCCCACCCUACCUAUAAGUUCAAGCCCAACAAGUGCCCACCCACGACCACUCGCAGACGGGGUGAGCUUACACCCCCAACUUCGACCGCUUCGGGGCCGUACGAUGAUACCCCCAGCCCUUACGCUAAUACCUGGAACGAUGAAUAUUCGACGGUACCUUGUAUGCACAGUCGGAACCAAAGCUUCGAGUACCCAGCCAGCACUCGAGCUUCCACUCCAUUCGACUCUCCCGAUUCCUUUGUACCACAGGUUGGCUACCUUGACUCAUCAUGGAACACGAGUGACCCUUCCUCCGGUCUGCCAACCGUGCGUCCCCAUGCCCUUCAGAACAUGGGAUACGUUGAGGACGUUCACUUUCGUCGAGGCAGCCCCAUGCCUCAAGGAAUCGAAUACGAAGCCUCUAAUGGCCUGGCCGGUCUUCCUGGUGGAACUCACGAUGAGCUGCUCCAGCCCCAGGUAACCCACUCUUUGCCUGGCCACAUCGCCGAGGGUCACAUGGACCCCCAGUUGCUCAAUUACCGGAGCGACGCUCUUCCAAUCCCGGCCCCGAAUGGCCAGGGGUAUGCUAGCACCGAAUUCCCGACUUGGGAAGAUGAGGCCGGCAACAGCUACCUGCCCUCCUCGUUACCAUCAGACCAUUCGAGCCCGUUCCCAUACCCCAACUCUCACAUGACUGGAAACUACCACCCAAGCAUGCAUCAAGAUCCUUCUUUUACCCCAUGGCUCCAAAAGCGCGAAUCAUUCUAG